GUGAUGAUGAGCAAUCAGAUAUUCUUCUCACGACAAACCCCGUCUCUCCGUGGCCCCUCUCUUCGUCAAUUGCUAGGUAGCUACCGUCCGCUCUGCGUUGGAUCGGUUGUGGGCCGAAAACGGUUCAUUUCAACGUCGGCUCGCAUGACGGAAUCCCUCCCAGUGGCACACAGGCCAGGGCCCGAGAGUGCAACCGGGUUUUUUCCAGAGAAAAUAAGAAUUGCAAUUUACGGAGAUGGACGGUACGGUGCGCAAACGAGCCAGAUCCAGGUUUUCCCCUGCCAAUUCCCCACGAGAAGCCAAGUCGAGGCCUUUACAUAUCAGCGAGGAAUUGAAAUGACAAAUGGGGACUGUACGAAGUAGUCAACAAUGGGGGAAGAUGAGAUGGCAUCGCAGGGGCCCUCGAUGGCGCCCGUGGGUAGCGUCGGGGUCAGUGUGUGUGCCACGCCGGUGCAGGGCACGCCUGGUCUCCCAGUCAGGAACCAGAAGCACUGAGCAAAUGCGCCGCCUGUCAAUAGUGCGCGAGUGGAGCGGAACGCAACGCUGAGUUUGCUGUUCUUCCUCUCUCGAAAACCGCCCGGUCGGUGGUCUUCUUUUCUCUUUGUUUUCUCCAUCAUUAUCUCUCCGUUUCUCUUCUUGUCUACCGGAGGACGGUGGUGUUUUCUCUUUGGGUAUUUCUCAUCAUUCAGGCAAUUUCCAUCCAUCCCCACCUGGAAGUUCACGAUAACGACAGCAGACACACCCCGUGCUGAGCAAACAGGAAACAUUGGACUUUGUUUCAACCCCUGGGCCCCCCCCCUAGAAACGAAGAGCGCGCCUGGAUCAGCAUCGUGCGACACCCUUCCCCGGACCGAGCCUGGUAUCACGAGAAAGCUCUCUGCUGGCGAGUGUUUGACAGUCUGCCCGUGCAGCUCGUCGACGGAAUUUGGAUCAUUCGGCGCUCGCUUCCGUCGCCAGCCUGGUGAGAGUCACCGCCCGACAUCCCUCCUCACCGUCUUCCCACCGCCGCUGCGCUCUUGGGGUCCAUCCAGAACCAAUUAUGUUUCAUCUCGAAGGAUAUCCAUGACAAGCAAUUGUUUACCUGCCUGUAUCUGACCCGGCUACCGGUUUCAAUCUUUAUCAACCGCUGUUCUUUUUUGUUUCUCCAUUUCAGACGUGUGGUGGUGUCUCUGUUGCGCUGCCAAAAUCCAUCGUCGCACCGCGUCCCGCCAUCAAACUGCGGGCUCCCGUGGAACAGAACGCACAACAUCCGGCCCCACCCGCGAACGAACCACACCGUCCCACCGUUCCUGCCGAUCGCCGGGUUGAUCGGCAGGCCAAUGGUUGCCGAAUCUUCGGGCCCGUCGAAGCUGUCAACAACGUAUCGAAGCCGUCAGGGUCGGCCACCUAAUCAUGGCCUUCCCACGCCACCCAUCAUCGCGGAUAUCCGAUGUGCAGCUACCAAUAAUGUUAAUCGCCGAUGACGACGACAUCAGGGACAUGGGGUCAGAUCUCAAGCUGGAUUCACGAGGGAGACCCGAGGAAAAGCCGCGGCCGGGACCCCCGGUGCCGUCUUCGUCCGCAGCAUCAUCAGCACCACAGCAUCCGAUCCCUUCCAUGCAGGAUGCCUUUGCCGAGUCUCUGGUCGAGGCCACCGAAGGUGAAAACUCGGGGAAGCCCAAGCUGAGGACUGGCGAUGCCAAAGCUCGUCGUGAGGAGCUGCUCGAUGGCGAGCACUCUGACCCUCACCCAGCAGCGUUGUGGCGGUUUCGACCUGGGCAACAGGCACACGAGCUUCGGCGGUUGAUGGCCCAGAUCUCUUUUGGUGUCUAUUUACUGCUCAACGGCAUGGCCAACAGCCAGAUUCUGGUUGUCUCCAUCUUGCAAGGGCACAUCGACGAGGUGGACGAGUUUCUGGAAACGACACUGGAGGAUAUGGAUCUGGCCAUGAAAGACGUGAAGCUCAGGAUCGAGCACCUGCGGUUGCCCAUGGACAAUAUUGAUGUGUUUGAACGCAUGCUGGAGGAUCAAAACUACCGGAUGACCAUUUUGGAGGGCAACGAAAAGAUUGAGCACAUCCUGGCACGCACUCAGAUUGCUCUCAAGCAAACCACGCAAGACCUGGCUGAAGGUCUUGCGGCGACCAGAGAUUUUACCAUUUAUUUGGCCGAGCAGCACCACGGGCCAUGGCGACAGGAGCGCCCUGAUGUCAUUGACAUCUUCGAUGCUAUGAAGGGCAACACAGAUGGCUGGUUCAACGCCUUUAUGGAUUUGCAGCACAAGGGUAGUUCACUGAACGCGUUGGUGGUGAGACUGGCUGGCAUGGUCUCAGAGAUGGACCGGAGAGCUGGCGAGGUCAGCCGCAGAGUCAGGUCGCAGCAGCUGAGUGCUGCCACUUACACAUCUCCGAAGCACAGUCCCAAGCCAUCAGAUGCAUCUGCCACAACUAUCACAACGCCCCCGACAUCACCACCGAGGAAGAUCCCCAACUCGCCUCCCCGGUUGUCUUUACGCCUGAGCACGAUCAAUGCGCUUACAGCAUCUAGACCGUCGUCAUUCUUGAACUUUUCGCUACCCGAAGAACCUAAGCCUGCCCCGGAGGAACGGCCGGCCACUCCCCCGCAAGCACCUGUGCCGACCAUUCAGGAGGAAACAGAGACCAAAGAUACUCCGCUGUCGCCUCCCAAGUCACUACCCCAGUCAUCAUCACCGCCUCCUCAAUCACCCCCGCAACUUUUAACCUCUGCAGUUUAUCAGCCACCUACACGAGCACAACCACCGCGACCAAAACCAUCACCGCAACCACAAGCACCAGCCGAGUCACCUCCCGAGUCGCCGCCACCGCCUGCUCGAAAUCCUCGACGGCUUUCUGAACGACCCAAUGUUCUGCUCGAGGCUCCAAAAUUGGAAGUGCACAAGGAGGAGGAAAACCGAGCUGAGGAGAGCACUCUGUAUCUCUUACAGCCCACAGUCUACACCCCUCAGCCAUCACCGCGACCAUCACCUCGUCCUUCCCCACGACCAUCCCCCCAGCCUUCGCCCAGGAUCGUUGCUGAGCGUCCCAAGCCAAGAGAGAAUGUCCCUAGUGCCAAGCUCGACUUUCCCUCACCGGCCGACUCGAUCCCUAAGCCAGGGACUGCGUCUCCCAAGCCCCGUGAGCAAACCCACAGGCCGCAGACAUCCAGGGCCCAGAUUGUUGAAUCUCCCCGAGCAAGGAUCGUGGAGAACCCGAGGCCGAAGGUGGUCGAAAUCCCCAAGCCCAAGGUGAUUGAAGUGCGAGGCCCAAAGGUGGUCGAGAUUGGAGCGAGGAAUCGAGCGGCGGCCCCCAAGCGAGAUGUUCUCCCCGAUUCUAGAUAUGAGCCGAGGCCAUCUUCCACCAGAACCGACUCCUUCCAAACAACCUCUACCAGGAGGACAGAUUCUUUCGGGACGGAUUCUCUCGGAUCCGAUUCCAUGCGAACGGAAUCUCUUCGUGACCCAGGGAACGCACCAGAGGUUGUUCCAGACGCAGAUCUUGAGGUGGAUAUGUACCCCACAAACAACAACCGCACCUCUCUCCGGGAUCGCAUCUCCCUGAAGAUGAACCCCCCAGGGUCCAUCCAUGUGCCCCCACCUGACACCCACCACCAUGCCGUUCAGCAACACCAAAACUACUCAACCUCCGCCCGAGUGGCCUACCACAACCACCUCCAGCAACAAAACAGCUACCAAACCUUCCAAGCCCCAGAUUCAGCCUACGGCUCCGGCUCGGACAUGGAACGUCCUCCCGUAAACUCCAUAACCUCCAUCUCCUCCUCCCUAGCCGACUUUUCUCCCCCGCCAUCCUUCAUCGCCCCUGGCCUCAUCCCUUCCCCGCACUCAGACAGGCAGUUUUUCCGUCCCGUCCAAGCGAACCCUUACUCCCCUCUCCAGCAACGCCCACACACCUCCGGUACCGUCGGCGGAGUGCAGCAGUUCAACUUCCCGCACCCGCCGAUCCCCUCAAGGAAUAUCCCAUCCGCGAUGGGCAUGUCAGUGAUGAGCAACGGCACAACAAUGACGACCGAAACAGCCAACUCGAAGGGGGGAGCGGGGCUGAAGAAGAAGAGGAGCGCGUUUGGGUGGUUGAAGAAGGCGUUCAGUCUGGACGAGGAGGAGAGGGCGGCUUUUGAGCAGAGGAGGCGGGAGCAGAUGGGGAACGAUCCGUAUGCGGGACAGGCGCAGAACAGCCCCAAGUUUUUGGACGGGAGGAGGAUUGAUAGGCCGGCGAAUGGGUAUGCGCCCAGUCAGUAUAGUAGGCAGGGGUAUUAG